AUGGAUGAAAGGUUGCUGUAUGACAACGUUUUUCCCGAGCCAGUGGAUAUCAGCGAUACACCAUGGUCAAUGGACAACUUACUGUUUGAAGAAGACAUCAAGAGCGACUCAGAUGACGACAUAACAGACCUGUUUAAUGGAGGGAAGAUUGAAGAUGUAGUCUCAACGACUGGAACCCAGAGAAAAAUCAAAGAUCUCUCCGACGAAGAAAUUAAGAAUCUUCGAGUUCAGGAUUUAAACAAGCUUCUUCGAGGAAUACCUAGAGAAGAAGCUGUUAAAAUAAGGCGCAAGCGACGUAACCUUAAGAAUCGAGGCUACGCUUUGACUUGCCGUAGACGUCGGCAACAGUUUCAGGAGGACCUUUUCAACGAAAAUCAGUUGUUGAAGAAGCAGUUGGAAGACGGCAGAGAGACGCUUUGCAAAGUAUUAAAAGAGAAAAGUGAAUACAAGAAAAAGUUUCUGCAGCUACAGUCAGAUUGCAAAAAGGAAUUAAUGAUGGAACAUUUUGUUCUCCCAAACUUCCUUCUAGAAUCAGGGAAUCUGGCAUAA